AUGGCAGACGGCGUCGAUGCCGGGGCUCCUUUCCCGCUGCCUCGAGUGAUCAUCAAGUUCUGCACUCAGUGCAAAUGGAUGCUAAGAGCAGCAUAUUACGCCCAAGAGCUCCUCUCAACGUUCUCAACCUCCCUGGGUGAGGUUGCCCUCCAGCCAUCCACGGGCGGGACCUUUACAGUAGAGAUCUUCCACUCCCCCACCAGCACCUCACCACCACAAACAGGAUCAGGAGGAGUCGGAGGAGGCAUCUCCCCCGCCCGCACCGUCCUCUGGGACCGCAAGGCCGACGGCGGCUUCCCCGAGACCAAGGAGCUGAAGCGCCGCGUGCGGGACGUCAUCGAGCCCGGCCGGGACCUCGGCCACGUCGACAGGAACCACGCGAGGCCUGCCGCCGGUGAGGCCAAGGCAGGCUCCGGAGGGCAGCAGCAGCAAGGAGCCGGAGAGGCGCAGGUCCAGCAGCAGGACAAGCCCUCCAGGGCAGAGCUGGAGGCCGCGGGCCCCGCGGGCGCAGGCUACCCGGGCGCGAGCGAGGCGGCGGCGACGCAGCUGGCGGGGCAGGCAGGGGCCGCGUGUGAGAACAAGCGAGAGUGCGAGGACUGCGACUAG